AUGGCUAUCAACUUGCAACUGAAUAAUUCAAGCGCCAUUUAUCCAACGCUCAUGUAUGUGGCGGCCUCCUCCCUAAGGGGACUGGGAUUGGGAUUGGGCCAGGGUCAGGGACAGGGAUCGGGUCUGGCGGAAAACAUAUCCAUCGUUUACGAUGCGGAUGCGACCAAUGGGACAGGAAGUGCAUUCCCCAAUGGGACCGCUGGCGGCACGGAUGCAGUGGCUCUCACCGAACCAGGACCCACGGCUCCAGUGACCACAUUUAAUUACUACAACGAGUCGGCGGCGGCCGCCGAGUGGGCCCACUUCUACGAUCUGGUUCUGUCCUGGCAGGGCAUAAUCCUGAUAGCCGUCUUUGCCACCUUCAUUGUGGUCACCGUCAUCGGGAACACGCUGGUCAUACUGGCCAUCCUGACCACCCGACGCCUCCGCACCAUCACCAACUGCUUUGUGAUGAGCCUGGCGGUGGCCGACCUUCUCGUGGGCAUCUUCGUAAUGCCCCCCGCCGUCGCCGUCCAUCUCAUAGGCUCGUGGCAACUGGGCUGGGUGCUCUGCGACAUUUGGAUCUCCCUCGACGUGCUCCUCUGCACGGCCUCGAUUCUCAGUCUGUGCGCCAUCAGCGUGGACAGAUAUUUGGCCGUCACCAGGCCGCUCACGUACUCCCGUAAACGGCGCUCGAAACGAUUGGCCCUAAUCAUGAUCCUAAUUGUCUGGCUGCUGGCCCUGGCCAUCACCUGUCCGCCCAUUCUGGGAUGGUACGAGCCGGGACGAAGGGACCUGCGGGAGUGCCGGUACAACCAAAACGAGGGCUACGUCAUCUUCUCGGCCAUGGGCUCCUUCUUCAUACCCAUGGCAGUGAUGAUUUAUGUGUAUGCAAGAAUUUCCUGUGUCAUUGCAUCCAGGCACGACAAUAUGACCGACAUAAGUGUUCACAACAAGAAAUUCAAGCGCUACACGGCGGCGGACGUGGAGAACGAGUUGUCGGAGCAGGAGCAGCACAGUUCGGUGGGCCAGCGCCAGAGGCAGGCCACCUCGAGGACCUUCUCCAACCAGACGAUAGCCAAGGAGCUGCACGACAUGAUGCUGAGCGACAGCGAUAAUUGUCCAGGAGGUGGAGGAGGAGGAGGAGGAGCGACCAUAACCACCACUGGAGGCACAGGCUCAGCCACCGGCACCCACUGUCAAUCCCUGCUGGCCCUGCCCUCCUCCGGCGGUGGAGGAGGAGGAGGAGGAGCCUCCACCUUGGGCUGCCCCAAGAAUGGCUGCUACGAACUCACACGACCUCACUCGCUGAAGCGCACUUCCACCGCCUCGACGACCAUUACCACAAUGACCAGUGGCAUGGGGCCGGGCAGCAGUCUCCUGGAUGCCCAAUGGCAAUCCCAGCCGCCGGGUGGCCCCAGCCAGGGCCAGAUCCAAACCCACUCUCUUAGCCAGCCAACGCGACCGCACAGCUUUCGGCAUUCGCAUGGGGAGCGGGACAGGGAUAGGGACAGGGAUAAGGAUCGAUUGAGGAGCCAUCACCAUCAUCAUCCUCAUUACCAUCACCAGGCGAGCGUGACCGCCACAUCAAGCAGCGGUGCUGGCCACCAAACCACCAAUGCCAACAAAUCGCUGUCCAAUCGGAUUACCUCGCUGAAGAAGGAGAACAAGACCACUCAGACUUUGAGUAUUGUUGUGGGCGGCUUCAUCGCCUGCUGGCUGCCCUUCUUCGUCAACUAUCUGAUCACCCCAUUUCUGGCCGAGCACCAGGCCAGCCAAAUGCUGGCCAAGGCCCUCACCUGGCUGGGAUGGUUCAACAGCGCCAUCAAUCCCUUCAUCUACGCCUUCUACAGCGUCGACUUCCGGGCGGCCUUCUGGCGCCUCACCUGCAAGAGGUUCUUCAGCGCCGGCCAAAAGCCCCAGUUCCCCACGAACACCAUGUCCAUCAGGCGAUAGAGCCCCCCAUAUCCCAUCAGCCAUAUAGCUACUAAAAUAGAAAAACAACCCUCUCAACACAAGCCCUGAACAAAUUUACCCUCGCAUAACAUAUUAUUAACUUAUUCAUUAACUUUAGGCGACGUCAUAAGGUGUGGUCCCUAAUUGCACCACCAGUCCAAGUGUAAUUGUUCUCUAGUUUCUCGUAUAAUUUAUUUUAUCGUCAGGGUUUGCUUCCGAUUCUGGAUCAUUUUGCCACUUAAGAGACGACCGUCGUCCACCAGGAAAUAUUCCACUGGUUUCAGUUGACCUUUUAGAAAUGCCACAACAUCCAAAGUUUAACUUCCACAGGAAAAUAUUGCAAAGAUUAUGAUAUGUAACUUUUAAUAGUCUGAGUAAUAUGAAGAGGUUUAAAAAAUUAAUUUAUUUUUAAUCAGGAAAUAUUUAUAUUUCGUGUUAUAUUGACUAUUUCUAACCCUUAGUUAGGCAUUCGUUUGGGAACGAUAUACUAUAUCUUAUUUCAUAUAGAUUAUUCUAGUUCAAAAAAUUAAUUCCAAAGAUCUGAAAUAUUCCUAUCAAAAGAGGUAGUAAGAAAACUUUAUAUAUUGACUCAUAGAGACUUUACUUCCUGCAACACAGUAUUGUCUUACUGAAGUUCGGCUCAAGGAGGUUGGACUGUAUCAAGAAAGUUAUACUUACAUAUAUGCAACUGCAGGCCGUGGUUUCAAGGUAUUUCUGCAUGCGGAAAACGUUGAAAAUCUGAUACGCGGCAGCACGUAUCGAUUUAGUAAUUUCCGCGAGACUUUUCCGCUCAGCGGGCGGCGCCUGUAAAAUGGCAACAUUUGCCUUGGAUGUUGGCUUUUUGCUGGGGCGCCAAGACAGCCCGAGUUGGCCAAUGGCACAGACAGUUUAGAUGGAUGAGAAAACUUGUUUAUAUGGCUCACCGAAAUUGCGCACAUUGCUCAUACUCUAAAAUUCAGCCGCGUGCUUGUGGGACGGUUACCUUUUUUGGUGGUAUUGCUGUGGUGGUGACCCCGACCGACCCUGUCCGAGUGAGUUCCGCAUUCCCUUUGGCCAUUUACGAUGCAACUCGCUGCUAUCUCACUUAAAUUUAGUGCAGUCAUAUAUGAUAGCUGGGUACCAUAAACCAUAAGCCGUAUAUUAGAGAUACGAGCCGAUUGAUUUAGAUGAACAGGAACUGAAAUCAGUGGAAUAUUUUAGGUGGAUCAAGUCGAGAAUUAGCUUUAAUCAGCUUUAUCGGAAUGCCAGUUAAAAACAGUUACUGUGAUUUAGUUUAUAGUUGAAGUCGGCUGGAGCUUCAAGAGUUUUCCUUUAGUCUUAAACAAAAAAAAAGCAGAGUGUGUGACUGUAAGCGAAUGUGCGAAUGAGGUGUAGUACCGUCUAGUAUAAUUUAAGGCAUAAUUUAUUCAGGCCAUCAACAGCUUAGCUAACCCAGAAAGUAGGUCUAAAUUUCGUGUUGUACCAAGCAAUCUACAUUUUGUAAACUCCAUCCAUUGCCGGCGGUGGUGUGAAGUGAAGUCAUAAGCGCAAUCAAUGGGAUGGCAAUCAAUGCUACGACAUAGGGAUUAAGUCAGGUGCUCAUCAUCAUCAGCGUGUACUGUAUGCUGUACCCCAACCCAUCACUGGUGUCAGUACCUUCAAUCCUUCUGAAUUUCUGAAUUUUAGCUCUCACAUGUCUGGGCCUAACAAGUCAAACAGAUGCUCCGGGUGAGUGGGCUUCCGAUUCCGACGUACCCGUCGAAAAAGCAAACACGGCGGAUGGAGCUCAUCAUCGCACAGCCCUCAUAUCAUCUCCCCCUUUUUCAUUCCGGUUGAUAUCAUAUACAUAAUCCGCAUAAUCUGCAUAUAUAUUAAUAGUUGUAUGUACGAACAGCAUUUUUUGGAACCGAACAAAUAAAUAGACAAUUUGCAAAAAGACAAAAGUUC